CUGUGGCAUCCAGAUGAUCAAGGCAAUGUUUUACUGAACAUUUAUUUGUGGGCAACUGCAAUUGGAUAAGUCAGAAACCUACCAUCAUGGUGAACUGCAGUGACAUUAUCAAGAUUGACAAGAACAUAGUCACUUUUGAACUUAUCUUUUACAGCCUAGUCACUUUCUUUGGAAUCAUAUUUAAUACAGUUGCCAUGUGGGUGUUCUGCCUGAAACUGGGCAAAUGGACAGAGACAAGAGUUUACAUGAUCAGCUUAGCCAUAGCAGAUUAUACACUGGUGCUUACUUUACCAUUCAAAAUGUAUUUCCACUACCACGAGUGGCCCACUGAUGUCUUUUGCUUGGUCAUAUUUGCAAUCCACUGCAUCAAUAUGCCAAUGAGCAUCAGUAUCAUCACUUUAAUAGCACUAGACCGGUACAUUGCAAUCAAAUACCCUCUGAAAGCUAGAAUAAUAAGAUCUCCAUGGAAGGCUACUGUUGCCUGUUUAUUUUUUUGGAUCUGUUGUUUACUUUAUGUGAUCACAUUCCUUGCCUCUACUAAAAAAGAUGAAAAGUUUUGUUUUUAUAAAACUUCUGAUCAGUAUUUGCCUCAUAUCCUGAUCAGACUUACCAUUUUCUUUUUCAUACCACUGGCCAUUUUGUUGUUUUGUUCCAUACAAGUCAUCCGAUGCCUCAAGGAGAAACAUAAUGCUAGUCCACAGGAAGAAAAGAUAACCCAGAAAGCAAUCUGUGUGAUCUCAGUGAACUUGAUCGUUUUCAUUAUAUGCUUUCUACCUUUCCACUUAAGCUUACUAAUUGAUUAUGUAGUGAAUUUACCUGGAGAAGUUGAAUGCAAGUUGCGCCACACCAUCAUCAAAACUAUACAUGCGAGUUCAUGCAUAGCCAAUCUAAAUUGCUGCUUGGAUGCCAUGUGCUAUUUUUUGGUUGGUAAGGAAUUCCAGGAAGCUGCAGCCCGCUUGCCUCUCUUUAAUUCAAUGCAAUCUAGGUCCAACUUAACUCAAGAUUCAUAG